AUGUCAGGCAGAUCUGCCCCUCCUUCAGAAACCGACCCACGCGAGGUACAAGGAAAAUCGCCCCGUCACACUUCCCCGUGGAUCAAGUUUGGAGUCCCAGUGGCCGUCUUGAUCAUUGUUGGCGCUGUUUUAGGAGGUGUGUUGGGCACGCAACUCAAUAAGAGCAGCAAGAACAACAACAGCAGCCAUCCUCAAUCCUCCACGUCCUUGUCUCCACAACAAUCUAGUAGUUACGCAGUUUCAUUGAGCUCGGCUAGAGAGAAACUUGGUAGAUUUGCAACGGGCACAGACACUUACGGUCUUCCCGAAUACCCUUCCACAACAGAUCCUGGCCUAUUUGGGACUCCAACCUUUGUUCCGCCUCAGUCAUCGCCGCCAGCUGCCUGGCCAACAGAUAGCUUCAAACCUUCAAACCCCCAGCCCACUGUCGUGCGCAGUGGCCGUCCACGCCUCAUAGCCCCCAGCUAUAAAUGGAAUGCUUUGCCCUCCCUCAUCUCCCUUGAUCCCUAUCUCCGUGGUUGGAAUGACACAAUUUUUGGAAAUGCCACCGCUGUCCUCAAUGUUCCUCCCAAGGCAUUUUUCCUUGAUGGCUCUAGCGGUGCACUGGACACUGCUCGUGAGAUCAAAGUUCGUGUUAAGAACCUUGCAUACGCUUACCGUAUGAGCAAUGACUCCAAGUAUGCCGAACGGCUGUGGGAGGAAUUGUUGAACGCAUCAGGAAAUGGCACCACAUCGUUCGGCACCGCGGGGGAUAAUUGGAAUUCGAACCACUUCCUCGAUGUUGCAGAGUUCACUGCCGCUUUCGCUCUCGCUUACGACUGGGUCUACGAUUACUGGAGUCAGCCUCGCAGGACGGCACUCAUGUGGAGCAUCAUUAGCCUUGGUAUAAACAAAGGUGUAGCAGCAUACAACGGCGCUUCCUACGGUUGGUGGCGGACCGUCAAUGGGAAUUGGAAUUGCGUUUCUAACUCGGGUAUGAUCAUUGGUUCCCUGGCCAUCCUAAACGACGACCCCACUGGAGCUGCCACCCAAAUGUUGAACUUGGCUUUGCCAAAUGCCCGAAGCAACUGCGACCUUGGAGUCUCGAAUGAUGGAACAUGGGUAGAAACUGCCAACUACUGGUAUUUCGGGAACACUGGGCAUGCUGAAAUGGCGAGCUCCUUGUUGACAGCGACAGGCAGCGAUUAUCAACUACUGAAGUCUAACCCCAACUUCUACCUUACUGGUCUCUAUCACAUCUAUGUUACCGGGAUGACGUCGCUCUUCAACUACGGUGAUCAUGGUCCGAAUAAAUUUAGCACCACGGCAAACUGCAUGAUGUUCUAUGGCACCCAAUACAACCAACCCUUUUACACCCUCUUCCAACGUGACCGGAUCGAUGCCUCUGAACCAACUGGUCUCUUCUGGUAUGACCCUUCCGUCAGCGGUGGCUGGUGGGAUAAUCUCCCACUGGAUCAUUACUUCAGCAAUAAUACGGAUCAGUGGGCCUCAAUGCGCACUAGCUGGACUGAUAACGAUGGUCUCUACGUCGCUAUGAAGGCCGGCACCAACUCUGGUCAUCAGAAUCAUAAUGAUUUGGACAGUGGCGAUUUUGUCUUGGAUGCAAUGGGACAGCGGUUCGCUGGGGAACUUGGUUCAGCAGAUUAUAAUGCUCCUGGAUACUUUGACGGAGGGAACGCCAGCUCUCCCCGAUGGCUAUACUACCGCAAACGCACCGAAGGACAGAAUACUCUUGUGGUCAAUCGCCAAAAUCAAGUACUCUCCGCGUUUCCGCCAACGAAUUUUGACUCUUCAAAUACCACUCAAGGCUCCAGCACAGUUUUAUCCAUCCCCCAGGAUUCCACCGCGUUCUUCACCGCUGACUUGACCAACACCUACGGUGGAACCUCCAUUCACCGAGGUAUCCGACUUCUGAAUGGACGUAGACAAGUCCUCCUUCAGGACGACAUCUCGAAUGCCGCUAACGCUAUUCAAUGGCGCAUGCACACCAAUGCUACUGUCAAGUUCUCCACGACUUCCACUACGAAUGAUACAGCAACAUUAGAGCUCGCAGGGAAGACACUCGUAGCUCAGUUGCUCAACGUUAAAAACGGACUGCAAUUCAGUACAGCGGCCCCUGUUCGUUACGAUAGUGAUCCGCCUUUGCCUGCCGGAGGAACUGACCCAGAAAACCUUGGGGUAACGGUGCUUGUGGUCAAUAUCCCGGCUGGUAGCAACAGCGUCCAAGUUGUGUUCAAUCCUCAGUGGGUUGGAUUCAAUUCGUUCAUCUCACCGAAGAGCGUUCCCGUUUCGCAGUGGUCUCUCAGAAGUCAUGAUUAA